AUGUCCAUACAACAUAUUAACAACUGUUGCGGUUGUGUUAGAUUAAAGGCUGGUGUCUUGAUUUUAUCCAUAUUAUGGCUUAUUGAAGGACUUUUAUAUAGUGUGACCUCUAUCUUAUCUCUUAUCUCAAGAGAUUAUAUUGAUUUUACAGAUAUGCCGGAUUCAUUCCAUCAUAAUCGUUCAUUUUUCAUUCUGCCAGCUGUUGUUUAUGUAUUGAUAACAAUCGGAGCGGUUUUUGGAUUAAUCGCGGUAACCCGUGUGUCGAUUCAAUGGUUACCUAAAUAUUCUAAAGUAGCAUAUGGUAUAGCAGGAGCUGAAGUUGUUGUUCAUGUCUAUUUGAUUAUUCUUACUAUUGUACAAAAGACAUCGAUCAUAGAAGAAUGUGAAAAUUACAUUAAAGCCACUAAUCCUCAAUUUGGAUACGCAUGUAACCAAGGAUACAAUUAUGGCUUAACAUUCAGUAUUGCAUAUGCCGUCGUUGUAAUCCUUUUAUCGAUGUAUUUUGCUUUGGUAGUCUCAGCUUAUUCAUAUAAAGCUCGAGAAGAAACAGAAGUAGUCGAAACCAAAGAACAAGCUGAAUAA